GCCACCAGAUGCAGGAGAAUAUACUCUUGACCUCAAGUCAAGGUCAAGCAAUUGUGAAGACUGUCUUUCAAAAACAGAACUCGCUACAAUGGAGAACGGUAGGGUGUGCCUCGGAAAACAGGAAAUUAUCUGGGUUGUGAUAGUGAACAAUGAACCGUUACUUUGUUAUGGAAAUAUCAACAAAGAACCGGAAGGCAGGAGAUGCUCGAUCAAGGACUCGAACUUGUUCAAUUCAAGAGAAACCCGUAGGAUUAGUAAUUCUGAACUCAGAGUGUUGCAGACUCAUACGUUAAAAGGGCACCGUUGCAACCAAAAAACAUGGCCAAAGCCAGCAAUUUGCACGUCAAUAGCUGCUAGUUCUAUUCUCAGAUUCAGAGAAGCGGGAAAUGUGAUGGGUUUUGUAUACCUCGGAGGGUCAAAAAUGCUGACAGACGAUAUAGAGUGUUUAGUUUCCUCAACAGGAGUCCAAACAAAUGACUA